AGGCCUCGGUAAGCCCUGAUAGGCUUGCUGGGGAUAAAACCUGCAAGUUGGGAGAGGAGAGGGACAUUUUGGAGCAGGAUGGCAAGAGGGACGGUGGCCACAUACCUGCAUGGAGUCCUUCUCCUGGCUCUGUGGAAACCCUCGCUGCAAGGAGGGGUAUAUGUACCUGCUGGAGGUGCGACUGGAGGAGUCGGGCCAGGAGCUGGAACCGGAUUUGGACCAGGAGGCAUUGGGACAGGAUUUCAGCCUGGAGGAGGUGGAUCAGGAGGCACUGGUACUGCUCUAGGAGGCUUUGGACCAGGAGCUGGUGGAGGGGGCUAUGGGGGUCAAAGGCCAGGUGGUGUAGGCCCAGGAGUGGGACCAGGUGGAGUGGGACCAGGUGGAGUUGGACCGGGUCUGGGACCAGGAGGAGUGGGACCAGGAGGUUUUAGGCCCAGCAGCUUUGGUCCUGGAGGACUGGGACCUGGAGGCGUUGGGACUGGUGUCAAGCCUCCAAAAACAGGAGGCGGCUAUGGUACUGGUGGAACAGGACUAGGACCAGGCGGAGUCGGGACGGGUGGUUUUGGAGCAGGUGGUGUUGGUCCUGGUGGUUACGGAGCUGGGCCUGGAGGAGUUGGUCCAGGAGGUUUUGGAACCGGCACUCAAGGGUUUGGAGGCCUUGGAGCAGGAGGUACUGGGACUGGUGGAGGACUUGGAGCUGGAACAGGUUACACACCUGGAGGUGGAUAUGGAGGUGGUUAUGGACCAGGUGGAGGAGUUCAAUACCCAGGAAUUGGUGGAACUGGUCCCAAACCUCCUAAAACAGGUGGAGUUGGGACAACACUUGGAGGAACAGGAUUUGGGCCUGGAGGUGCAGGGGUUGGGCCGGGUGGAACAGGAUUUGGGCCGGGUGGAACAGGAUUUGGACCAGGUGGUGCAGGGGUUGGGCCAGGUGGAACAGGAUUUGGCCCUGGUGGUGCAGGAUUUGGCCCUGGUGGUACAGGAGUUGGGCCUGGUGGAACAGGAUUUGGCCCUGGUGGUGCAGGUGUUGGACCGGGUGGAACAGGAUUUGGCCCUGGUGGUGCAGGACUUGGGCCUGGUGGAACAGGAUUUGGCCCUGGUGGUACAGGAGUUGGGCCUGGUGGAACAGGAUUUGGCCCCGGUGGUGCAGGACUUGGGCCUGGUGGAACAGGACUUGGCCCCGGUGGAACAGGAUUUGGCCCUGGUGGUGCAGGACUUGGGCCUGGUGGAACAGGAUUUGGCCCCGGUGGUGCAGGAGUUGGGCCUGGGGGAGUUCCAACAUUGCCACAGACUGGUACCACUGGAGGAGGACCUGGGGUAAAGAGUGGUGGAAAAGCAUCAAAGCAAGUCCCAGGCAUUGGCGUGCCUGGACUCUAUCAAGGUGGAUUUGUCCCAGGCCAAGGGUUUGGAGGCCGUGGUGUUCUCCCUGGAGUGGCUACAGGAACUGGACUAGGAACUCAGAGUGGAGCUGGAGUACUUGGUCAGGGUGGCACUGGACCGGGAGGUGCAGGCAAUGGGCGAGGACAGCCAUUGCCUGGGAUUUUUCGUGGUUAUCCCCUCAUAUCACCAAAAACAGGAGUGGGAAAAUCCAAGAAGAAUCCAGCCAAAGCUGCAGCUAAAUACGGUGGAGCUGGAGGCGCGCUUGGUCAAGGAGGCACUUUUGGGGGUGGGGUUGGAAGAGUUCCUGGAGGGGGAGUCUCACCUGGGUUAGGUGGUGGAGUUGGCACAGGAGGCGGACCUGGAUUUGGAGGCGGAGUUGGAACAGGUGGCGGUAUUGGAACAGGAGGUGGAGUUGGAACAGGAGGGGGACCUGGAUUUGGAGGUGGAGUUGGAACAGGAACUGGACCUGGAUUUGGAGUCGGAGUUGGAACUGGAGGUGUCCCUGGAUUUGGAGGUGGAGUUGGAACUGGAGGUGUCCCUGGAGUAGGUGGUGGCAUACCAGGCUUAGGUUAUGGCCCAGGUUCAGCCAAAGCACGCAAAUAUGGUGGUGGAGGUGUCGGGACUGCAGGAGGGCCUGGUUCUGGAAUUGGAACAGGAGGGGCAGGUGGUGGCUAUGGUUUUGGUCCAGGCGGCUCAGGUACUGGCACAUCUGGAGGCCUUGGAGGUGUGAGACCUGGCUCUGGAGUUGGUUUUGGUCCCAGUGGUACUGGCACCAGACCAGGUGGUCUUGGCUAUGGUCCAGGUGGUACUGGCACUGGAACAGGUGGUCUUGGCUAUGGUCCAGGUGGUACUGGCACUGGACCAGGGGGUCUUGGCUAUGGUGCAGGUGGUACUGGCACUGGGUCAGUAGGAGUGGGACCUGGGGGGUAUGAUGCCAGUGCCAAAGCUCGUAAAUAUGGCAUGUUAAGUGGGGCUCUUGGAGGUCCAGGAACAGGUACUGGAGGACUAAGGCCAGGUGGUGCUGGAACUGGUUAUGGCCCAGGCGGCGUUGGCCCAGGCGGCGUUGGCCCAGGCGGCGUUGGCCCAGGCGGCGUUGGCACUGGCUAUGGCCCAGGUGGAGUUGGGCCAGGUGGAGUUGGCACUGGCUAUGGCCCAGGUGGAGUUGGGCCAGGUGGAGUUGGCACUGGCUAUGGCCCAGGUGGACUUGGACCAGGUGGAGUUGGAACUAGCUAUGGCCCAGGUGGAGUUGGACCAGGUGGAGUUGGCACUGGCUAUGGCCCAGGUGGACUUGGACCAGGUGGAGUUGGCACUGGCUACGGUCCAGGCAGCGUUGGACCAGGUGGAGUUGGUACUGGCUAUGGCCCAGGUGGAGUUGGGCCCGGUGGUGCUGGCUAUGGCCCAGGUGGAGUUGUACCCGGUGGUGCUGGCUAUGGACCUGGAGGUUAUGCUGGAGCCAAAGCGCGCAAAUAUGGUGUUCCUGGAGGUACUGGAGGUGCCCUUGGUGCAGGAGGCCUUGGAGGAGGAACCGGGCCUAGUUCUGGGCUUGGAGUUGGAGUAGGGGUUCCUGGACAAGGUGGAGUGUCAACAGGUGGUGGACCGGGGCUAGGACUCGGGGCAGGUGGUAUACCGGGGUCUGGUGUUGUGACAGGAGUUGGACCAGGCGGAUUUGGACCAGGCAGUGCUGGAGGUCUUCCUGGUGGUGGCACGGGCCCAGGGACUGGAAGAGGAUAUGGACCUGGUGGUUAUGGGCCUGGAGUUGGCACAGGCUAUGGACCAGGUGGAGGUUAUGGUCUAGGACCAGGGACUGGAUUUGGACCAGGUUAUGGACCUGGAUUAAAACCUGCUAAAUAUGGCUACGGCACGGCUGGAUCUAAAGCUGCAAAGUUUGGGCAACCUGGUGGAGUUGUACCUGGGACAGGAACUGGAACCAGCACUACAGUAGCAGGAACAGGGACCGGCCCUGGCGUUUCAGCGAAUGGAACCACCACUGGCACCAACCAGACAACAACCAGACCAAGUGGAGGAAGACUUGAAGACACAAGAGGCACACCAACCCCGGCAACAGAAGGUGAUGAUAUUUACACUGUGAUAGAGGGGUCUGGAAGUCCUGGUGGAGAGGGAGGUACCGGUGUCGGUGGCAGACCAGCAGGUACAGGGAGUGACAGAGAUCGUCUAGGUGGAACAGGAAUCCCCAUCAUUGGACCCAAGCCAGGAAUCAACGGGACAACACUUCCAGGAUCCACAGGCGUGACACCUGUCGUUGGUGGAGCUGCGCAACCAAGUGGUGUUGGUGGGACAGGACUUCCCCCUACAGGUUCUGGUGGUGAUCUGACUGGAGUUAAACCCCUCAAACCCCCAGGUGUCCCCAGAGGUGACACACCAGGUGAAGGUGAUGGAGAAGGAGGCCCUGAUGGAUACAGGGGUGGUACAGCGGGUACAGGUGGACAGGGAGGAGUAGGAAGGGGUCCCACCAGUGCAGGAGUUGCAGGAAGUGUUUCAGGUGGUGUAUCAACAGGAAGAGAAGGCAGCCCUGCUACUGGAACAGGUGUUGGUUCAGGAGGUGCAGUUGGAGCAACACCAAAACCACCUAAAGCUUAUAAACCUAUAGCAGGAGGCACAAGUGGUGGACAGGGAGGAGUGGGAGUAGGAGUGGGAAGUGGUCCUGGAUCUGCAGGAAGAGGUCCUGGAGCAGUGGGUGGAGGUCCUGGAGGAGGUGGUUUGGUACCUGGGGCUGGUGGGCCUGGUGCAGUAGGAACAGGAGGCUAUGGUACUGGAGUUUUACCAGGGGGAGGCAUUCGUUACCCUACUGGAGCUGGAGUAACAAAACCAGGCAAAGCAUAUGGGACUCUUGGAGCAGGGGGCCAAGGUGGGGUUGGCCCCGGUGGAUAUGGCACUGGUCCAGGAGGUUAUGGCACAGGGCCUGGAGGUUAUGGAACCGGUCCAGGUGGAUAUGGUACUGGGCCUGGUGGAUAUGGAACUGGACCUGGACGCUAUGGUGGCGUAGGAGCAGGAGGAACAGGAGUAGGCCCUGGGGGAGGUGUUAGACCUGACGGUUCUAGAUAUGGCACAGGUCCAGGACUGGGCACCGGCACUGGAAAACCACCUAAAAGCUAUGGAGCAGGAGCUGGUGGUACUGGGUUUGGACCUGGUGGCUAUGGGACUGGACCAGGUGGAAUAGGUUAUGGACCAGGUGGCCUUGUGCCUGGUGGCACUGGUCCUGGUGGUGCUGGGACCGGAGGUGCUGGGACCGGACUGGGUGGUGCUGGAACAAGGCCAGGUGGUAUAGGACCAGGUGGUGCUGGCACAGGACCAAGCAGCUAUGGACCUGGUGGAGUAGUAAAACCACCUAAAUCAGGCUAUGGAUCAUCCUCACUAGGUGGAGCUGGCUUUGGACAUGGUACAGGAGGGUUUGGACCAGGCGGUGUUGGCACUGGAACUGGAGGGUUUGGACCCGGUGGAGCUGGCACUGGAACUGGAGGGUUCGGACCAGGCGGUGUUGGCACUGGAACUGGAGGGUUUGGACCCGGUGGAGCUGGCACUGGAACUGGAGGGUUCGGACCAGGCGGUGUUGGCACUGGAACUGGAGGGUUUGGACCAGGUGGGGCUGGCACUGGAACUGGAGGGUUUGGACCCGGUGGGGCUGGCACUGGAACUGGAGGGUUCGGACCAGGUGGGGCUGGCACAGGAACUGGAGGGUUUAGACCAGGCGGUAUUGGCACUGGAACUGGAGGGUUCGGACCAGGCGGUGUUGGAACAGGAACAGGAUUUGGACAGGCAGGCCAAGGAAAAAGAAAACCUUAUAAAUCUGGUUAUGGAGGAGCUGGUUAUGGAACAGGAGGAGGAUUAGGGGGAGGAUAUGGCCCUGGUGGAGCUGGGGGUACAGGUCCUGGAGGUUUUGGACCAGGAGGUGCUGGGACUGGUUUUGGCCCUGGAGGUGCUGGGACUGGUGGUUUUGGCCCUGGAGGUGCUGGGACUGGUUUUGGCCCUGGAGGUGCUGGGACUGGUGGUUUUGGCCCUGGAGGUGCUGGGACUGGUUUUGGUCCUGGAGGUGCUGGGACUGGUGGUUUUGGCCCUGGAGGCGCUGGGACUGGGGGCUUUGGCCCUGGAGGUGCUGGGACUGGGGGCUUUGGCCCUGGAGGUGCUGGGACUGGUUUUGGCCAUGGAGGUGCUGGGACUGGGGGCUUUGGCCCUGGAGGUGCUGGGACUGGGGGCUUUGGCCCAGGAGGAGCUGGGACCGGUGGCUUUGGCCCUGGAGGUGCUGGGACUGGUGGCUUUGGCCCUGGAGGUGCUGGGACUGGUGGUUUUGGACCUGGCCAAACACUUGGAACAAGAAAGCCGUCUAAAUCAGGUUACGGCUCGUCGCUGGGUGGAGCUGGCUACGGACCAGGAGGUGGAGUCGGAGUUCUUCCUGGUACUGGGACAGGAGGCGUCACUGGUGGUGGCCAAGGUAGCGUAGCAGGAGGUACAGGAGGGCUAGGAGGUCCUGGAGGAACUGGCCAAGGAGUUGGAGGACUACCUGGUGGGGGACCAGGAGGUGCUGCUGGUCCUGGAUAUGGUGGGCUGGGUAUAGGAAGUUAUCCAGGGUAUGCAGGGGCUGGACAAAAAUCUAAAGCGCAGAAGGCAGCCAAAUAUGCAGCCAUGCAGGGUUUACUUGGAUCCAGGGGCUACAGAGGAGCUGGCCGAAGGAGGAAGUGAGAAAGACCAAAAGACAGGAAGUGACCUCAUUAAAACAACAGUGGUGCUAUUGCAUGAUCCCACACUGUAAAUGUCUUACCUGCCACAGAAGCUAAAGCUUCAGCACAUCCCGCUUUUUACAUUUCCAUUUGCUUGGGUUUUAUAAAAGGUUGCAGUGGUUCUCAACCGGAUCAGAUUCACCGGCAGGUGAAGAUUGCUGUUUCCCUUUGUUAAAUACUUUUUUUCCCUUUUUUGGAUAAUUAAGUCAUUUUAUUUUGGUCAAAUUAUUAAAUGUCAAUUUCUCAAGAAAGUUUCAAAAAUAAAAUAACGUGGGUAGAAAACCCCAGAAAUUCCUGAUGAUCGGGUUGAGAACCACUACAUUGAAGAAUCAGCAUUUCUUUUCAUCACUUUUUGUCUGUCUUUGCUGUGUUGAUUAUCAUUUGUGUCGUUAUGCAAGUAUUGGCACAAAUCCUCUGGGUUAAGACUGACACCAAGGACUCCCUCAGGGCAGCUCCUUCAGACCUGUCUGCAUGCUGACGCAAUGUGUAAAGAAAUAUAGGGCGACACUUCUACCCAGUUAAACUGGGAUAUGUCUGCAGAGUGAAUGGCCGAGCAGAUAAUUCACUGUUAGCAUCUUUUACAUCAGUGGACAAACAAGUAGUGUGUACAGACACAGAGACAAACAGCUGCUGUCACAGGAGAAGAUGAAGGCAGUAUUUUAUGCAGUAGUGGUAGUCUUUUGAUCCUUGAAAAGCAGUCUCUGGCCAUGUGAGCUGUACUCAGGCCUCAGUAGUAUCAGUAAUGGAGCCUGAGGAUUCUCACAGAUACCACUUGAGGCCCACCUGUGAGAUUCUUCCACUCAUUUCACAACUUAAUGGCACUGUUUUAUAGCCACAUCACACUCAAUGGUAUAAAUGUAAAAUAUUGGUUAGCGUGCAUAUAUUUUGAUUGUUAGGAGGGUGUAUUUGUCCUGACUUUCUGAAUGGGCUUAGUUUUAGCUUUUACAUUUGCUGUUGAGGUAAGCAUUCAAGCUAAAUGUGAGGUAAUAUGACUAGAGUACAUGACAUCUGAGGAGUACUGAUUACUGCGUUUUCCUUCUGUUCAUGAACCUCCUUUAACACUGUUGGGGAAACUGCUCACGUUUACUAGACUUUUUAAAUUAUGUUGAGAACUGUAUUUAGCCUCAUUUUACAAAGUCAAGUGCAUUAUUACAGUACUAAAAUAUUUGAGUUAGUCAUUCUGUGUGUGUGUUUUUACAGUUUUUAAACCCGUUUACUACUAUGAUGAGUAUAAGUGCUUUGUUUUCUACAUUGUCCUUGAAUGUGUGCUGAAUCACAGUGCAGGCUGUGACGUCAGUGGGUCAAAAGUGGGGUGAGUGAAUCUCGUCUUGCAUUUGAGCUCAUGUGCAUCUCGAGCUCAGUGUGAUUUUUAACAUCUGUGUUUCUUUUUUUUUAUGUGGCCUAUGAAGAAAAUUAUGCACUUUUGUAAACUCUCUGACAAUGCUCUCCGAAGUAAAGAGAUGACCAAUGACGA